AGAAAAAGAGCAAUUUUCACAAGCAACUACCAACGAGGAACGUGCAUGCAGUUCUUCUAGCUGAAUUAACUUUUCUGGAGGCAAAGUGACAAGGACAACAACACAGGUGGAAUGGAAACAUUCAGCUCAAAGGAUCUAGCCAUGCAGGCCCAGAAGAAGGUUCUGAGCCGCAUGGCUUCCAAGUCAAUGGCUCAAAUGUUUAUUGAUGACACCAGUAGUGAGAUUAUGGACGAGCUCUACCGGGUGUCCAAGGAGUACACUGGUAAUCGUAAUGAAGCCCAAAAAAUUAUGAAGGACUUGGUGAAGAUUGCAGUCAAAAUUGGUGUACUCUAUCGGCACAACCGUUUCACUGAGGCGGAACUAAAACUGGCAGAAGAUUUCAAGAAGAAACUGCAUCAAGGGGCCAUGACUGCAAUCAGCUUCCAUGAGGUGGAAUUCACAUUUGACAAAACUGUCAUAUCUGAAAUUCUGACAGAAUGCAGAGACAUGCUUCUCAAAUUGGUUGACAAACAUCUCACACCCAAAUCUCAUGGUCGCAUCAAUCAUGUAUUCAACCAUUUUGCAGACAAAGAGCUCCUUGCCCAGCUAUACACUCCAGACGGACCCUUUCGAGAUCAUCUCCAGAAGAUAUGUACAGGCAUGAACAAACUUAUCGAAGAGGGAAAAUUAUGAUGGGAUAAUGCAAUAAAGCAAGGAGACCUUGAUGUUCCCUUGAAAGAUUUGAGGACAGACAUGACUUAGUUGAUGUUCUACGUGUUAUGAGACUUUACCUCCAAAACUGGGCUGUACAAUCUUCUCACAUUGAUUAAACAAAGGACCACAUUCUGUUUGUAUUUUCUACUAUUUUUGUUUUUUCUAAAUGUUUUUGAAAUAGUUCCUAAGAAAACGGACAAGAAUGUGUCAGAAGAGCAUGGUGCCCUCUUGUGGACAAAAGGAAGUAAUAGCAGUGUUCGCCUAAGAAACCAACAGGCUGUACUUAUACUUAAAAUUAUUAUUUUUCUAAUUAAAAAUACAUUAAAAUGGAAAGACUUUUAGAAUGUGCACAUAAAGAUAAUUAUGAAUGUUUAGAUUGGAUUGUCCAAGUUCUCAGGAAUAUUUAGAGGAAUUGGAUAUUUUCAAUGCAAAGUGUGAUGUCUAAAGUGCAAACUGGUUUUAAAAUGUGACCUUACUUUUUUAGCGUGUUGUAAAAUGAAAUGAAAUUAAUUUGAAAGCAUGAAUAAAAUAAA